GAUCGAUCCGCCAUCGUAAGCUAAGUAAAGACUUUAAAAAUAGGGAUCAGAACUGACAUAAGUCAAUAACACGUGAUCAAUUUUCACUAUAAAUGCACACUCAUUCUCCGCAUAAGCACUCACACGCGUCAACAAUGGCUGGAGUGAUACCAGUCUGGAUUGCUCUCGUAGCAACACUCUCUGUUUUUCUCCAAGGAAUAAAUGUGAAGGCAGCAACUUUCGAUAUCACAAACCAGUGCCCCUACACAGUCUGGGCAGCGGCAAGUCCAGGUGGAGGGCGACAGCUGGCAAAAGGGCAGACGUGGACCAUCCAAGUCGCGGCCGGAACAACCGGGGGCAGAGUCUGGGCACGCACGGGUUGUUCUUUCGACGGAAGCGGUCGGGGCACCUGCCAAACCGGUGACUGCAAUGGCAUGCUCAGCUGCCAAGGCUACGGCCAGGUGCCAGCGACCUUGGCCGAAUAUGCCCUCAACCAAUUUCAGAAUCUUGACUUCUACGAUAUCUCUCUCGUGGAUGGCUUCAACGUGCCUCUUUCCAUGACUCCCACUUCUACAAACCCUAACUGCAAGGGGAGAAUUACAUGUUUGAGCCACAUUAAUUCCAUGUGUCCUGCUGAACUGAAGGUAAAUGGUGGAUGCAAAAGCGCCUGCGCCAGAUAUAAUACGGCCCAAUACUGCUGCACAGGAGCAUCUGCCAACAACUGUGGCCCAACCAAUUACUCCAAGUUUUUCAAGGGGCAAUGCCCCCAGGCCUACAGUUAUGCCAAGGAUGAUGCCACCAGCACCUUUACUUGCCCUAGCGGAACCAACUAUAAAGUUGUCUUCUGCGGCUAGGUAACUUUUAACUGCAUCUCCUUUGUGUGUACCGUCUAUCUACAUAUAUAGACCAUAAAUAAUGAGGAAAAGUUUAUCUUCCCUUCCACCCGGGAAUUAUAGGCGUAGUGCAUGCCGGGUGGAUAGGCGGACCGUUGAGGAAAAGUCAUCUUCCCGCCUCUCUGUUUUAUUCCCUAUCUAUGCGUUUGAGCACUGAUGUCAAGUCAGGAAACUAAAUUGUUAAAAGCUGUUUGUUUCUCAA